GAGGAAAACCACGAAGAAGAAACCGGGCGGUCCUGUUGAUACCGUUGGUGGCACGCAGCAUCUCUGCUGUGACAAUGCGUAUCGAAAAAUGUUACUUCUGCUCGGGACCAGUGUACCCGGGGCAUGGGGUGAUGUUCGUAAGGAACGACUGCAAGUCGUUCAGAUUCUGCAAAUCAAAAUGCCACAGGAAUUUCAAGAAGAAGCGUAACCCAAGAAAAACAAGAUGGACCAAAGCAUUCAGAAAGGCAGCAGGAAAGGAGUUGACAGUGGAUAACUCCCUUGAGUUUGAGAAACGUAGAAAUAUCCCUGUUAAAUAUAACAGAGGACUGUGGGACAAAACAGUGGAAGCCAUGAAGAGAGUGGAGGAAAUUAGACGGAAACGACAGGCAAGAUUUAUCAUGAACAGAUUAAAGAAGGGCAAACAGUUGGACAAGGAAGCGGCCAUCACCGAAGUGAAGAAAAAUAUUCACCUUAUCAAAGCACCACAUGCAGGAAAGGCCAAACAAAUGGAAGCCAAAAUGGUGCAGAAGUUACAAGAGGACGUGGACAUGGCGGAUGAAGAGAACUAAUCUUAAACCCAAGGAAUCUUGUUUGUGUGAUUAUCCAUAAGUCGACCUGGUAUUAUAUUGUACUUCUUUUUUUUGAAUUACAAUUUCCAAAUUGCUCAUAAUAGAAAGUAAUGCAAUUAGUUUUAAAUAUCUGUACAAGGACAUUGAUUUAACCACAGGCCUUCCAAUUUUUUUCCUGUGAAACCCGAGAGUCAAAAAAUGUUGUGCUAUUCUGUGUAAUAAAAUGCAAACAAGCAAAUAUAAACUUCUUAUGGCUAA